AAUUUCAGAAAAAGUGAAUCAAACCCUUGCCAACAACUUCUUCGCUGUUUUGCUAAGGCAUCGAAAAGUAAGCCAGGAAGAAAGUGAAAAAAUCAGAGCACGAAAAGCUGAAACCCCCCAGAGGAUUUCAUUUUUUUCUUUAUUUUUAGCUACUGAUCGCUUUGUGUUUAACCCAUUUUGAAAAUCUCAUUGGUUUCAAUUUCUUAAGCUUCAAAGACUUGGUUUUCUGAGUUUUUUUCCAGCUAUUGGGUUGAUCUUCAUUUAGUUGCUCUUUGUUUCAUUUAAUUCUAGCGCUAAGAUUGGAAAUUGAGAAGAAAUAAAUUUAUAUAGAGAGAGAGAUAGAUGGGGCUUGAAAGAAUGGACUUUGGAGUUAAAGUUAGGAAAUAUAUGUUGAUAUCAGUUAAAAUAUGCCGUAGUUUUGUUUGUAAUCAUCCAUUUUUGGUUGGUUCGGUUUUCUUUUUAAUAUUUUUGUAUAGAUCAUUUCCAUUGUUGUUUUCCUUUUUCGUUACUGCAUCUCCUGUUUUGGUUUGCACUGCUGUCUUGCUUGGUACCCUUUUGAGUUUCGGGUCACCAAACAUACCCGAAAUGUACGAAGAAGAAGAAGAGAAUGUUACUCCUGAAGUUUCACCAUUGAAAACUAGGGCUGCUGAGGAUGACACUGUUGUCAAAAGAGAUUUUACUGAUGAUGGUUUUGUUGUACAAAGACAUGUAGUGAAUGGGUGGGAUAUAGUAGAGAAUGCCGAUGAGAAAGUUACUUUAGUCAAUAAUGAGGUCAAUGGAGUUGGGGAAGGUGAUGGUCCGGUUCUUUAUACACCAUUAGUCAAUGAUGAUUUGGAUUCUAGGGAUAUUCAUUGUGAGAAUGGGGUGAUUGAUGAAGUUGAGGGAUUGUUGAGUCAUUCUUUGUUGGAGAAGAUAAAUGAAAUUCGGGACGAGAUGCUAGAGAGUGGACGGGUGUCAAGCAUGAGGGAGGCUGAGGAGAGUCAACAUCUUUUGGCAGAUGAAGUAGGAGAUAGGAAUCUCGAAGUGGUUGAUGGUAAACUCACAUACGAUGUUAUUGAUCAUCCAAGGGGUGAUGAACUGGAUUCUUCUCUGGUCUUUUCUUGGCAAUGUGUUGCGGGUGAUGAUGAUGCUGGUGAUGGUGGUAAGGACGAUGAUGAUGAAGAUGACGACAAUGGUGAAUCUUCGGAUUCUGGUUCUGACGGUGCUGAGAGUUCUUCUCCUGAUGCUUCACUGGCAGAUAUAAAUCUGAUGCUUGACGAGUUGCAUCCACUUUUGGGCUCAGAAGCUACACAGCCUGCCCAUUUGUCUCGUGAUGGUUCGGACGCUGCCUCAGAGAGUUCUUGUGGUAGUAGUAAUGAUGAAAGUGUUGAGUCAGAUGAAUUAGAAAAUGAGGGAGAGGGAGAUAAUGAUGAGGUGGGAGAAGGAGCAAAGGGAGAUAAAGAGGAUGAAAGUAAAUCUGCGAUUAAAUGGACAGAGGAUGAUCAGAAGAAUCUCAUGGAUUUAGGGACUUUAGAAGUUGAAAGAAACCUACAAUUGGAUAAACUUAUGGCAAGGAGAAGAGCCCAGAAAAGUAUUAGAUUGAUGGCCGAGACGAAUCUAAUAGACUUUGAUAGUGGUGAUAGUCCACUAAACUUAGCACCGAUUUCAACCUCAAGAGGUAACCCUUUUGACCUUCCAUAUGAUUCCUAUGGUGACCUCGGGUUACCUCCCAUCCCUGGGUCAGCUCCAUCCAAUUGGCAGCCCCGAAGAAACCCUUUUGAUAUUCCUUAUGACUCAAGCGAGGAAAAACCUGAUCUUAAAGCAGACAGUUUCCAUGAAGAGUUUUCAGAUUUUAAUCAAAGGGGAACUGUUUCCCGAAGAGAUGCCUUCUUCUGCAGACAUGAAAGCUUUAAUGUUGGAUCAUCUUCUUUAGGUGUUCCUCAGCAAGAGCUUAAGUGGAAACCUUAUUUUGUUCCAGGGCAAUUACUAUCGGAAGGAGCUAGCCCUUCCUUAUUCCAGAGGCAGUCAAGUGAAGUUAGCGAGUCAAAGUUGAGCUCUGUUCCUGAUUCUGAAUCAGUGAGUUCAGUUGUGGAUGAGGAGGACAACAAGCCAAAUACGAAAGAUGCUUCUCGAGAAACUGAACUGAUAUUGAAUGAAGAUCACCGUUUUGGCGAUGAUGAACAAGAGAGUCAUUCUUCUGACGAACUUGAGUCUUUGGAUGUAGACCAAGUUGAGAAUAGAGAUGUUCUCUCUAUUCCUCAUGAUGUGGUUGAGGUAACAUUGGGAGAUGGAGCACCAGCAAUUACUCAUGUGGAAUUCAAUGCAACCGAAAUUCAUCCCAGAACCGAGCCAGAUGAGGAGGAGGAUAGCAGUAGAUCAAGUUUGUCAUCGUUAUCAGAAAUCGAUGAAAAGAUAUCAGAUAGCAGGGGAGACAAAUUUGCAGGUUUUGAACCCAGAGAUCAUGAACUUAAUGAAUCUGGCAUUUCUAAACAACCAUCAUUUGAGGAAUCAGAGUUCCAUUUUACAAGUGGGGUAGUGAGUGAUAAUCAACACACGGAUCCCAUUUUUUAUUCUAGUUUUCAUCCUCCAUCAGUUGAGAUGUUUCUAUCAGUUUCAUCUGUCUCUUCUGACAUACGAGCUGAGAUAUCUGAAAUGGGUUCACCCUCAAUGUUGGUUGAAUCUGUUGAUAAGAAAUGUGAAGCACAUUGUGAGAUGGCUGAGCAGGAUACUUCUAGUGUUCAAGAGAUUCAUGCCUGCUCCUCAGAUUUACUUAAUAUAAAUGAACAGAAGGCACGGGAUCUGCUAGAGAUUAGUGAGCAUGAUGUUACUUUUAAUGGUUCAACAGGGGUUUCUUCCACUUCUGCUGAUCAUAAUGUAUCAACGGUUCAUGAAUCUGUUGUUGAAUAUGUUUCAAGAGGGGCAUGCUCAUCUUCGGACAAGAGCUUAGACGAAGAUGUGCCAAAUAAGGAAGAAAGCUCUUUCCAGAACCCAGUGGACUUGUUGAGCGUCGAUGCAGAGAUUACUCUUGCUGUUGACAAAGGAAUGGGUGAAGUUGAGGAUUCUUCACCUGAAGAACAAGAACAUCAAAUGCACCCUGAUGAAUCCGUGGAAGCUGAAACGGUGACUAGGCAUGUAGUUGAAAAGGAAGACACUACGUUUGAGCAAGAUGAGCUCAUCCAGACUCAGUGCGAUCAAAUGCAUUUGUCGAACUUCGAUUUUAAUCUUGAUGUUGAUGGUCACCAUGAUAAGGGCGAGGAGUUGUCUUCAAUGGCUUUGACAUACCAGCAUACGCCUUCCAAUGAUGUAAUUUCAUCCACAGCAGAGGAGCCAGGUUACGUAGUCGUGGCUCAAAUUCAACAUGUUCACCCAUCAGAGGCUAACCUCAGGGAGGAGCAAGAAAAGGAAUUUGAAAUGGAUCAAAUCCAUUCACCGAUUUCUGUUUCAAAGACUGGUACAGUUCCUGACUUCGAGAUGAGUGUGGAGGGAAUUCCUUCACUUUCUUGUUAUCAAGACAUGUCUUCUAGUGAAAACCCUUCAUCAGAAUCAAAGAAACGACUGCAGUUGUUCGAUGAAGAUGAACUGCCGGUCGAUGAACAUGAUAAGCAGCUUGAGGAGGUGAAUUAUUCUAUAAUUGCAAUCGAGUCUAGAAGGGAAGCAAAUGAUGUCAACAAUUACUUUAAUAUGCAUGAAGAUCAAGAUUCUGAGGACAAACAUUCAAUAAAUUUCUCUUCCAUGACUUCAGAAUCUACUUCUUUGCCUUCUGAGAGUCCCGAACAUACGUUGCCAACAGAUCAAGAAGAUUUGAGGGAGAAGAUCUUAAAAGAAAUUGAAAGGGAGGGCCCCAAUGAACACUUUAGUUAUGUGGAAGUAUAUGCCCCUCGUGUUGUUGAAGAAAAUAAUAGUGAAGUCAAUGAGAUUAAAGAAAUUGAUGAAGCUAUACUCUCUGAAUUGGACACUGUUGGGGACUUCAUUGUUGGGGAAAUGGUUUUACCAGAGGGAUCUCGUGUUACCUAUACUGAAUCUGCAAUGGUACCAGAAGAUACAGGGAUAAAAAACGAAACCAAUGUGGAACUGCCUGUUCUUGAAGCAAGAUCAGUAGAAGAUCUUGAUUUGGCUUUUAAGCAAUUUCAUGGAAUGGAUGUUGAGGAAGUAUUUCUUCCAAAUAUGAUUGAGAAUCUGCCAGAUCAUGGAGAUACCAAGUCAGAUUUAACCAUUGUUGAGGUUAGAUCUCUGGAGGAUGUAAAUAAUGCUUUGCAACAAGGUCCAGUACCUAAUCCAGAUCAGCUGCCACAUUCUACGGACUUGAGGAACGGAUCAUCUGAAGUAGAGCAUUGUGAUGUACUUUCUUACAAAGAGAUCGAAGUUAGUAAUGUCUUCUCUGGUAUUGAAGAAAGUUGUGAGGUUUCUACUAAAGAGAUUGAAGUUGGUAAGCCGGUUUUUGGUUUUCAAGAAAUUCAUGAUAAUGCUGCUGCUGAACAAAAAAAUGAAUACAAAGAAAUAGAGACUAAGGUCAAUGCGGAGCUGCCUGUUCUUGAAGCAAGAUUAGUGGAAGACGAUGAUUUGGUUUUUAGGCAACUUCAUGAAGGAAUUGAUGUUGAGGAAGUAAUUCUUCCAAGUAUGAUUAUGAAUCAACAGGGUGGUGCAGAUACCAUUUCGGAUUUCCCUGUUGUUGAUGCGAGAUCUCUGGAGGACCUACAUAACACUUUUCAACAAUUCCCCGAAUCUAAUCUAGGUGAGAUGCCACGUUCAUCUGGAGCAGAUCAUGGUGUGGUUCCUAUUAAAGAGAUUGAUGGUGGUAAUGCCGUCUCUGGUAUUCAAGGAACAUGCGAACAUGCUGCUGGUGAACCAAAAAAUGAAUACGAGGAUAUGGAAGAAAUAGAGACGGAGACCAAGGUGGCACUACCUGUUCUCGAAGCAAAAUCAAUGGAAGACAUUGAUUUGGCUUUUAAACAACUUCAUGAAGGACUAGGUGUGGAGGAAGUCAUUCUUCCAAGUAUGAUUGGGAACCUACAGGUUCAUACCGAUAUCGGUUCAAUAUCACCUGUUGUCGAGGCAAGAUCCCUGGAGGAUAUACAUAGCUUUUACCAACAAGGCCUCAAAUCUAAUCCGGCUAAGCUACCGCACUCUUCCAAGAAGCAUGAUGGGGUUUCAAUUAAAGAGGUUGAAGUUGGUGAAAAUGCAGUCUCUUGGAAACAUACUGAGAAUGCCUGAGAAUGCUGCUGGUAACCCAACACAGGAACAUGAAGAAUCAUCUGAAAAGUCGAAUCUGAAACUUAAAGGUAAAAAGACAAAAUCCCACAACUCAAGUUCUAGUUCCAGCUCGAGUUCAAGUGAUUCGGAAUGAAAACAACAAAAUAUAGUU